GAGCGCGCGCCCCGCCGAGCGCCCGCCCGCCGGGGGCCUGAGCGCUGGGGCGCGUGCGCGAGCGGUGCAGCACCGGCCGCGGGAGCAGGGAGUAUUAUGGGCUGUGGGUGCCGCUGAGCAAGAUGGAGCUGUCUGCAGUAGGCGAGCGGGUCUUCGCGGCCGAAUCCAUCAUUAAACGCCGGAUCCGCAAGGGACGCAUCGAGUACCUGGUGAAAUGGAAAGGGUGGGCGAUCAAGUACAGCACUUGGGAGCCAGAGGAGAACAUUCUGGAUUCGAGGCUCAUCGCAGCCUUCGAGCAGAAGGAAAGGGAACGUGAGCUGUAUGGGCCCAAGAAGAGGGGACCUAAACCCAAAACUUUCCUCCUAAAGGCCCGGGCCCAGGCGGAGGCCCUCCGCAUCAGUGAUGUGCAUUUCUCUGUCAAGCCGAGCGCCAGCGCCUCCUCGCCCAAGCUGCACUCCAGCGCUGCGGUGCACCGGCUCAAGAAAGACAUCCGCCGCUGCCACCGUAUGUCUCGCCGUCCCCUGCCACGACCAGACCCACAAGGGGGUAGCCCUGGCCUACGCCCACCCAUCUCGCCCUUUUCUGAGACCGUGCGCAUCAUCAACCGUAAGGUGAAGCCCCGGGAGCCCAAGCGGAACCGCAUCAUCCUGAACCUGAAGGUGAUUGACAAGGGUCCGGGAGGUGGCAGCACUGCGCAGGGCACCGGGGCACUGGCCCGCCCGAAAGUCCCCUCGCGGAACCGGGUCAUUGGGAAGAGCAAGAAGUUCAGCGAGAGCAUGCUCCGUACCCAGAUCCGCCACAUGAAGUUUGGCACAUUUGCGCUCUACAAGCCCCCUCCUGCCCCUCUGGCGCCCUCUACUGCGGGCAAAGCCGAUGUGGCCUCCUCGGGGCCUGGGCUGCUCCUGGCCACCCCAGCUGCUGCCCCCUUUGACGCACACAGCUCCAGCUCUUCCGGCUGCCCCUCACCCACACUGCAGUCCUCUGACCCAGACGAUGCACCACCCAAGCUACUCCCGGAGACCCUGAGCCGAUCUGUGCCCAACUGGCGAGAGUCAGAGGUGCUCGAUCUGUCCAUCCCUCCUGAGGCGGCUGCCACCGGCCAGCGGGUGCCUCCUGAUGUCACUGGUGCUGCGGACCAGGCGCUACAUACAGCUCUGGAGCCCACAGGUGCUGGCUCCUCCGAGCCUGAGGCUGGGGACUGGCGCCCCGAGAUGUCGCCAUGCUCCAAUGUAGUUGUCACAGAUGUCACCAGCAACCUCCUGACCGUGACCAUCAAGGAAUUCUGCAGCCCGGAGGAUUUUGAGAAGGUGGCCGCUGGGGUGGCAGGUGCUACAGGGGGCGGGGGUGGCACUGGGCCAAGUAAGUGAGGGGCUUCCUCAAGGAGGGGGGCUUUGGGGGGCCUCCUUCCUGGAGUCAUACUUGUGCUCCCACCCCGUCCCUGCCCUCAGACCCGUAUGCCUGUGCUUAGCUUGCCUCAGAUGGCUCAGUGUUGACCCAGGGAUAGGGCUGGUAGCCCUGGACUUGGUUAGGGCCUUGGUAGGGCUUAGAAAGGAAGAUCUGCUCCCUAGUGUACCUGGCACUGUCCCUGACUGUGCAGGUGGGGCCCACUAGAUGGUUUCUGGGGGAUCCCCAGAACAUGGGGUUCACCUAUCCUAUCUACAUCCCCCCACCCUGCCUCUCCUAGCUUGCUUCUUGCUCUGUGUGCAGUGUUUGGUCUCGGUGCUAUCUCGCCAUCUGCAGGGCCCCCAGGAGAUCCCGCCUAGGGUGGGCACAGGCUCUCACCACCCUGGCACUGAGUGAAGGAUGAGGCCAAAAUGGGUCCCUCCCUCGACACCAUUGAGGGUGGCAGCAGCUGGGCCAGAGGUCCGCUUCCCUGCUUGCCUACGUGUGGACCAGGCCUAUGCAGAUCUCUUGCCCCACACACUGUCUAUCCCAAACCCCCUUUUUGAAGGUGGAGGGGCUGGCAGACAUGGCACCCUGCCACAGCCUCUGGGUAUCUGAAAACCCCUUCCGUUUUCUACCAAAGGUGCUGCAAGAACCUGCUGUAGGAACUUCUGGCUGUGCAUGUGUGUUUGCCCCUUGGCUCCUUCUUGUGUAGAUCCGUGUGUGUGUGUUGGGUGCAGGGCCUUAGUUUUCCCUGCAACACCCUUUACGGUUCCUCAGAACAGGGUCGCUGAAGGCGUGGCCUCCCUUGCCUUAGCCAGGCCUGGCACAGUCCAGUCUGUGCGGUUUGUCGUGGAAGCCACAGGCCACUCUGAUCCCAGGUUGCUGGGGGACGUGGAGCCACCUCAGGCCCUUCUUGGGAUGGUCAUCUUGAAGGUCAGAUCUUCACUGCAGAUGUGGUACUGUGGGGACUGGUAGAGGAAGAGCCCAGCUACAGCCUCCUCUUGCAGAUGUUUGUGGAGGAAAGAGGAGGCCUAGAGACCUCCCCGGGGUCUUCAGUUUCCCCCACCCUUCCAGUUUGCUUUUAACUGCUGAGGUUUCCUAACAGCCUAGCCUGUUGGAAGACUUCGGGUGCCUUGGGCAGCGUCUGUUGCCCUCUGCUGCUAGGGAACUGAGGCAUCCAUGCCAAUGGCAGAGACCAAAGCCCCAGAUUCAGGCCAGGCACUGGGAGACUAGCAGGGAGGGAGGGAGGUGCCGGUCCCCAGGCGGCACUGGCCUGCCCUUGGCCACUGCCUGGGAUUCACCUGGGCGUUGACCAGAGUGUUCCUGUAUGUGGCCUGAGCUGGCUUCUGGUGUACACAGCCCUUGGUAGCUUGCUCAGAAGCAUGGGAAGAGGCAGAAGCAGUGACCUUAGGACAAGUAUUCUGGUCUUAGAGGAAGAUACUCUUCCUUUCACCAGCCUGCCUGCCAGGGUCUGCAGCACAGCCCCAGCCCUCCUUGCCCCAGGGUAUAAAACAGGGGCCCUCACAGGGCUUGAGGGGGCCACAGUCUGGCCCCACCUUGUCCCGUGUUAGCUCUCAUACCGUCCAAGUGCCAAUUGGCUUUUCCCCCAAAUAAGGGCUGGUAUUUCGCCUCUGUCCCCAGAGGUGAUUUCCCCCUCCCCCUCCCCCAGGUGAACCACCACCUGGGUGCCAGUUACAGGUGUUUGCAGAGACCAUAGAAAUGUGUUUUCCUGAGAGUCUGUGUCAUUUGUGACCUUUUUUUGUAAAGAAGUUGUGUUUUCAGAGGUGAUUUUAUGACAGGAAAGUGAAAGUUAGUUUUGCAAAAAAAAAAAGAAAAAAAAAGAAAAAAAUUUUUAAAAAGGAAAAAAAAAAGAAAAGAAAAAAUAGAAAAAAAAAAAAAAAGGACCAUUGUAGGACUCCUAAGAGCAUAGGGUGGGGAGGGAGAGAGCUAUUUAAGAACGUAUUAACGCAGCGAUUGCACAGGUGAGUGGCAAUGUUGGGGUGAGGGUGGAGGCCUUAGCUAGCUGGUGGAUUCCCUGGGAUAGAAGGCGCCACAGAGGUGGCCACAGCUGUCCUCCUUCCUUGACAGGGUGAGUCUGUUGUGACAUAGGAACAUGCUUCCAGUUGCUUGAAAGGAAGGACAACCAGCCCUAAGGUGACUAGCGGGGAAGUGCAGGGGACAAGUGGACAGCGGUAGUGGGACCCAACUUACUGUUGUUGCCUUUCCCCCAGGAAGGCACCCAUCCCAUCACGGGUCUUUACGCUUCAGCUCUCUGGGUCACGUGGUUCCCAGUGGUUCCCAGUAGCUCCCCAGACACCCUAACGCCCUGGGCACCUUUGAGCAUCCCUGAUUGGGAAAGGGAUGCAGGCUUUAGAAAGCGGCUGACGGGUAAAAUCGCUGCAUACUCUGCACAAGCCUCAAGGUGCACGGGCACAGGGAAGAUGCGAGCCUGCCAAUGAGCAGCCCUCUUCUCUCUCCUGAAUGGUCUGGAGCAGGAGGCCCAGAGGCUGCACAGACUCCUUACAUAGCCCUGCAUCAUCAGCCUACUGAAGGCCCCUCCCCUACCCCUGCUGCUUUUCAUUUGCCUAAUUACCAAGUCAAAGUUGCAGUCCAAUUUGCUUUAUUUUUGUAAGUGAAAUGACCCCCCUACGCCCCCUGUAGGUCGUGUCCUGUAAGCGCACCCUUCCCUCCUACUUGUCAGGAACUAGGAGUGGGUGAGUCCUGGGUCUUGGGUUUUGAGAUGGAGGGUUGGCAUCCAUCCCUGCUGUGGUUCUUGCCCUGAUCUAAGUCAGUCCCUCUGUGAAAGGCUGGACAGGGUGGCAAGGCAGCAUGAAGCACUACAGGUGCCCAGCCUGAGGGGGCAAAAUGAGCCUCCCUCCCCAACUUCAGAGGGAGCUGGUGGAUCAGAGGGCGUUGCCUCGUUUCAAAGGAGGCUGAGAUACUUCACUGGAGUAUGGAGGCUUCAGAGCCCAGGCUGGCCUGGCAUUUAAAGGGAAAUGUGGGACUCUUGACUGGCCAUGGCAGAAACAAGGUCAGUCAAGGAUGGACUGGCCUCUGGGGACCUAAGAGGGCACCCCCACCUUUUCUCCUUACUUUUCUGGUUGGUUCGGGUUUUCGGGGUUUUUUUGUUUGUUUGUUUUAUUCUUGUUUUUUGCACUUAAUGGAUGGUGGAACCCAGCCUGGUCAGUUCUACCCUUGGGUUCCGGUGCACUAGACCAAGGUGGCCUGCCUGGGGCUCCUGUGGUUCAAGGAAUCACUUUUUAAAAGAUAGGAGAAAACUUAAGGGUUUUAGUUUUGCUCUGUCUGCUUCUCUUCUUGGUUCAGGAAGCCCAGAGAGACACUUGAGAAGCAAAAAUAGGCACCUGGUCAGGUGGGGGCUCAGGACCCCACUUCCCAACCUACAGUUCCCACUGUCCUUAAAAGAGUCGGGGCUCUGUUCCAGCCAUGUGCAGUGCACCGGCUGUGUGAUGGACCAGAGGGUCUGAAGGGGCCGAGUGGCGGGGUCAGACGUUGGGCAUACCUGGCUGAGGGGGGAAGCAGGCAUCUUUUUGUUGGUUUUAACUUAAAAACACAAAGGCCUAAAGAAAUAUGUAUCUUAUAAUUUUUUUAAUUUUUAAGAAGCUCGUUUGAUGAACUGCACGAAUGAAUUCUAUAUAUAUAUAUAUAUAAUAUACGUACAUAGCUCUAUAUUUGGGGACGGGCACUGUCUCUUUUCUCUCACAUUUUAAAGAUGAAGUGUCUUUGCCUUUGCCUGUGGUUCAACCAUCCAGCCCCCAGCUGGCUAAACUUUGCCUCCAGUGGUUAAUGGCAGGAACCUAAUAGAGCCGGCCAGCGGACAAAGGGGCGGGCCCCCAGUCUGCCCCGCCCCUCGGGGAGGACUUCCAGUGGGGAAGAUAGCUUAUUUUGGACGUGGAUUCGGUAGAUCUGGGCCAGGGGAGGGCGGGCUCGUGCUGAUCACUCUGUCUUGUACGUUUUGUUCUGCUGCUCUUCAAUAUUGUAUCGAUGCCAGGAAAGGGGGUGAAACCUCCUUCACCCCCAAAUAAAUUGUCACAUUCCGAAGCUA